AUGCCGAUCGCCCAACAGACGAGCUUAGGAUGGAUCCUGUCCGGGGGCUACGAUGCAGCAGCAACCGAAGGACAUCGCAGCACGUUCCAGUGCACCGCAGACCACGACCUCGCUGACAUGGUUCGACGCUUCUGGGAGCAGGAACGCGAGCCAGUGGCUGGGACACCGCUUACCGCCGAUGAAGCCAGAUGCGAGGACAUCUACGUGCGCACGGUCACACGCACGUCCAGUGGACGAUACAUGGUGAGGCUGCCAUUUACUUCACCGCCGCCGACAUCGCUCAGCGAGACUCGUCGACCUGCUGAACGCCUACUGGAUGCCAUGGAGCGGAAAGGAGCACGAGAUCGUCGUUUCGGUGACCUCUAUCUAGACUUCAUGGAGGAAUACGAGAACCUACAACAUAUGGAGAAGCGCACACGGUCCGGAGAGUCGCUGAACGCACACCUCCUCACUGGAGCCAAUCUCUUGCCAGCACUCGCUGACGUCCUACUUCGUUGGCGUUGGCAUCGGUUCGUGCUCGUCACGGACAUCGAGAAAAUGUACCGACAAAUCCUCGUGCAUCCGGAGGACUGUCGCCUGCAAACUAUCCUGUGGCGCCACAACAGCUCUGACGACGUCCACGAGUACGAGCUGAGGACCGUGACCUAUGGGCUAGCGUGUGCACCCUUCCUCGCCAUCAGGACUCUUCAUCAACUCGCAGCAGACGAAGAGGCACGAUAUCCACGCGGAGUCAAGGCACUGCGACACGACUGCUACGUCGACGACGUGGUCACCGGCGCCGAUAGCUUGGAAGAUGCUAUCGACCUUCAGCAGGAACUACGGAGUCUUUGCACGGCGGGCGGAUUUCCUUUGAGAAAGUGGGCCGCCAACGAUCCUCAGGUGCUCACAGGAAUUCCACCAGAACAUCAGCUGCAACGUGGGCCGCACUCAUGGGAAGAAGAGAGUCACGCUACCCUGGGCCUCCGAUGGCAUCCUCAAGGCGAUUGGUUCUCCUUCUCAAUUCGUCCACGUCCAGUCACUGAUCUCACAAAGCGACGAGUUCUAGCCGAAACGGCUCGGCUCUUUGAUCCGAUGGGUUGGCUCGCGCCUGUCGUCAUCAGAGCCAAAAUUCUGAUCCAGACGACGUGGCUUCAACGGCUGGAUUGGGACUCUCCGCUGCCUGAUCAGGACGCACACCGCUGGAGGCAGUUGUUGGAUCAGCUUCCUCUAUUGGAUAACAUCCGUGUAACUCGCUGGCUCAACACCGGAGACGACCAUUCGCAACUGCAGCUCCAUGGAAAAAACGUCAAUCAACCUAUUGAUGGCAAAAUCGAAGGUCGCGCCUGUCAAGCAGGUGUCGUUACCUCGCUUGGAACUCUGUGCAGCAGCUCUACUUACCACGUGCGCGCUACUCUCGGUUUGACAACGACGCCGGUGCAUCUGUGGUCAGAUUCAAGGGUCACACUUCAUUGGAUCCGCGGACACAGCACCCGUUGGAAAACCUUCGUCGCCAACCGAGUAUCUCAGAUCCAGACCCUGCUUCCAGACGCUCAAUGGAGACACGUCGCUGGACGAGAGAAUCCUGCAGAUUGCGCAUCGCGCGGUGUUACUCCUGCUGAAUUAAUCAAUCAUGAGUUGUGGUGGACAGGACCUACCUGGCUCUCAGGAGACGAGACUGCAUGGCCGGGUUCAAACAUCGACGUCCCAGAGGAUGACCUCCCGGAGCAGCGAGCCACCAGUCUGGUAAUCAAGGCACCGGUCUCGGCAGAACCUGACCUCCUCCUCCGGUUUCCAACGCUGCACAGGCUGCUGCGGGUUACGGCAUGGUGUCGGCGAUGGCUCAAUCAGGCGAGACGUGACGCCAUACCUGGCCGUCCAUUGCAUCCGGACGAGCUGGACGUCGCCUUAUUUCGAUGGCUGCGAGUGGUGCAGGCGCUCCACUUUCCUACGGACGUAGCUGCGGCUUCUGCUGGACGCACUAGCCCACCACGAAGCCACCUAGCGAUGUUGAGUCCGGUCCUCGAUGAUCAAGGCGUGCUGCGCGUCGGAGGACGUCUCAAACAUGCUCAGCUACCACUCGACGAGAAACAUCCAAUGAUCAUCCCGGCGGCAUCAUGGUUGACUCGGCUGGUGAUCGAUUCCUGCCACCGACGGACGCUGCACGGAGGUGUGCAACUGACUCUCGGCCUGCUCCGCCUGCGCUUCUGGGUGCCUCGAGGAAGGACCACCGUCAAACAGCAGCUACACCGAUGCAUAACCUGCACUCGAUGGCGCGCCGCCACACCACAGCCUCCGAUGGGUAACCUUCCUCGGGAGCGAGCACUCUCAGAUGAUCCAGAGGACGUCUCGGCGCUGACCCCCGGUCACUUCCUCAUCGGGACACCGCUCCUCGCCUUGUCAGAACCGUCAUUGACAGAGCAGACGGUGUCCACCUUGUCACGUUGGCGUCAUCUGCAGCGGAUGAGGGAUCACUUCUGGCAGCGAUGGUCAUCCGAAUACAUGCACGGACUCGCCCCACGCACCAAGUGGCUCAAGGAUGCACCUGCACCCCACGUCGGCGAUCUCUGCCUCGUUCGCUCCGAGAUCACCCCCCCGAACCGAUGGCCCCUCGCUCGCAUAUCGCGUUUGCACCCCGGGGACGAUGGAGUUACACGCGUAGUGACGAUCCGAACGGCCACGUCCGAGCUCGUGCGCCCACUCGUCAAGCUCGUGUUUCUUCCGGGCGUGAACGACGUUCCUACACCGCACGUUGACACAUAG